AUGCCCUGGCACCCACUGAAGGCGAAGCGCGAAUCCCGCCGCUUGAACCUCUGUGGCCGCCUGGAUAAUGGCAUGGAUGACCCUUUGUCCGGAUUUGUUUCCCGCUUCUUAGGCGCUGGUGAGAAGUUUGAACACUGUGCUGAUAGCAUAGAAAAUGCCAAUCGGCGCCGCUACGUGGACCGACCACCGGUCCAUCGGUCCUACCUGGACCUGUUGCGACUCUAUGACCUCUAG